AUACUCAUUUCCUUAACGGAGGGAGCACCCGCACUCCUUGUUGUCUCUUCCAAAGUCUUCUUCUUCAGUCUACUCAAUACAAAAGUCACACACAAGUACAAACGCAACGCUAAACAGCCCCUUCCAUACUUCUAUCUCUCUUUGUCUCUUCGAAAGUGACCGCUGAUUAGCCGUCAAUGGCGGCCCCGGAGACCUCAACCGCUGCCGUCCCAACGCUGUACACCAACAACACCUUAAGAAAUGCUUUCGGCGGCGUUCUCUCUUUCUUCAUCCUCCUCCUUAUCGGUGUUAUGGCUUUCUCGAUCCGUCUAUUCUCCGUUAUAAAAUACGAGAGUGUUAUUCACGAGUUCGAUCCUUACUUUAACUAUAGAGUCACUCAGUUUCUUGCUAAGAAUGGUAUAUACGAAUUCUGGAAUUGGUUUGAUGAUCGAACCUGGUACCCUCUUGGGCGUGUGAUAGGCGGAACUGUUUAUCCUGGAUUAACUUUGACUGCUGGCACCAUAUGGUGGUUGUUAAAUUCUUUAAAUAUUCCACUGUCUGUGGAGACCGUUUGUGUUUUCACUGCUCCAAUAUUCUCUGCUUUUGCUUCAUGGGCAACAUACCUUUUGACUAAGGAAGUUAAGGGUACUGGUGCUGGGCUGACAGCUGCUGCUCUUUUGGCCAUGGUUCCAUCGUAUAUCUCUCGUUCCGUGGCUGGUAGCUAUGACAAUGAAGCUGUAGCAAUAUUUGCUUUAAUCUUCACCUUUUAUCUUUAUAUAAAGACAUUAAAUACUGGAUCCCUGUUUUAUGCCACCCUAAAUUCAAUCGCAUACUUCUAUAUGGUGUGCUCUUGGGGAGGAUACACGUUCAUUAUUAACCUCAUUCCAAUGCACGUACUUCUAUGCAUUGUAACUGGUCGUUUUUCUUCUCGGCUGUACAUUGCAUAUGCUCCUCUUGUUGUUUUGGGAACACUGCUUGCUGCUUUGGUGCCAGUAGUUGGGUUUAAUGCCGUCAUGACAUCGGAACAUUUUGCAUCAUUCUUGGUUUUCAUUAUUAUCCAUGUGGUUGCUUUUGUGUACUAUAUCAAAGGGAUUCUGUCCCCCAAGAUGUUUAAAGUUGCUGUGACACUUGUUGUAUCUGUUGGCCUGGCAGUAUGUUGUGCUGUUAUAGCUGUUCUUAUAGCAUUAGUAGCUUCCAGUCCAACGAAGGGAUGGAGUGGACGAAGCUUAAGUCUGCUUGACCCGACUUAUGCAAGCAAAUAUAUACCGAUAAUUGCUAGUGUUAGUGAACAUCAACCACCUACAUGGCCAUCUUAUUUCAUGGACAUUAAUGUUUUGGCAUUCUUAGUUCCAGCUGGUAUCAUUGCGUGCUUUUUACCUUUAUCAGAUGCAAGCUCAUUCGUGGUCCUCUAUAUUGCAACAUCUGUAUAUUUCUCUGGAGUCAUGGUACGCCUUAUGCUUGUGCUUGCUCCAGCUGCAUGUAUCACAUCUGGAAUUGCUCUCUCCCAAGCUUUUGAUGUUUUCACUGGAUCAAUUAAGUUUCAGCUUACUGGGGCAUCAAGCAAUACUGAAGUUGAUGCUGCGGAAACUAGUUCCUCUACUGCUGAAUCACAGACUGAUGCAGUGAAGACUGAAAAACCUGAAGAGACAGCAAAGAAUCGACCCUCAAGGAAGAGCAAGAAGAAGGAAAGGGAGCAUGGUGAAAAACCUUCGACCGAAGCCAAAGCUGAGAAGAAGAGGCUUCUUGCUUUGCCUUUGGAGUCAUCUGUGAUUUCUCUUCUCCUACUUGUCUUGUUGGGUGCUUUCUAUGUGGUUCACUGUGUUUGGGCUGCAGCUGAAGCUUAUUCAGCCCCCUCAAUUGUUUUAACAUCUCGUUCUCAUGAUGGUCUACAUGUUUUUGAUGAUUUUAGAGAGGCUUAUGCAUGGCUGCGCCAUAAUACAGAUGUUGAUGAUAAAGUUGCCUCUUGGUGGGACUAUGGUUACCAAACCACUGCUAUGGCUAAUCGCACAGUCAUUGUUGACAAUAAUACCUGGAACAAUACUCAUAUUGCAACUGUUGGUACUGCGAUGUCUUCUCCUGAAAGGGCAGCUUGGGAAAUUUUCCACUCUUUGGAUGUAAAAUAUGUUCUAGUCGUCUUUGGAGGUCUCGUUGGCUACCCCAGUGAUGAUAUUAACAAGUUCCUCUGGAUGGUUCGAAUUGGAGGUGGUGUGUUUCCUCAUAUCAAGGAACCUGAUUACCUGAGAGAUGGCCAGUAUCGCAUUGAUUCCCAGGCCACUCCCACCAUGCUAAAUUGUCUAAUGUAUAAACUCUCUUAUUACAGGUUUGUAGAAACAGAUGGGAAAGGCUUCGAUAGAGUUAGGCAGACAGAAAUUGGAAAGAAAUAUUUUAAGCUCACUCAUUUCGAGGAGGCAUUCACAACUCAUCAUUGGAUGGUUCGGAUAUAUAAACUGAAGCCUCCGAAGAACAGGAUUCGAGGAAAGACGAAGAAAUCGAAAUCGAAAACUAGCUCAACAACAAGCAGUCCUAAAAGAAGUGGAACGAAAAAGAAGAAUCCAUGGCAGUAAGAACACAAAUAUUUUAUAACAAUGGUGAAAGCAUCUGUACUCAAUAGGAUUGUACGCAUGAGGGAGCCUUUUAGAGAGAUGAUCCAGUUAUUCAGGCAAUGGUAAGGUAAUUUUUCCUCAAGUAGAAAUACAACCAAGACAAUCAAAGUAAAACAGGAUUUGUGGAACACUUGACUUGAUCGCUAUAGUCUUUACUAAAUCAUCGUAACGUUUAACACAUUAAAUUUCAGGGAAAAGUGUCAUUUUUCUUGGUAGGUUAGUUUAUAAAUUUGUUUACUUCACACUAUCUUUUGCAUGGUUUAACAAGCUUAAUAUAUUUAUAACAUGUUUCCUUAUAAA